AUGCAGGUUCUGGUGGACAAUGGCGUCGUGCAGGUGACGCUGUCCAAGCCUGGGGGCCACAUCACUGGCGUCCGCUACAACGGCGAGCGCAACCUGCUGUACUACAAUGGAGAUGACAAUUCCGCCGGCUACUGGGAUGUGGUGUGGAACUUUCCUGAAUCCAAUCAUCCAAGAGGCAUGAUCGAUAUGCUGGACAGUACAGAAUUCAAAGUAGUAUCGUCAACUGAAGAUCUAGUGGAGCUUUCCUUCAGGAGCACAUACAAUCCAUCGCUUCAAGACAGCGUUAGGCUAAACAUCGACAAGAGGUUUGUGAUGCUGAAAGGUAGCUCAGGGUUCUACUGCUAUGCCAUCUUUGAGCAUCUCCGAGAAUGGCCUGCUCUCAACAUUUCAGAGGCUCGCCUCGCCUUCAAACUGAACACUGGCAAGUUCAACUACAUGGCGAUCUCAGACGACAUACAGAGGUUCAUGCCGAGUGCGACAGACAGAGAUGCACCUCGUGGUGUUCCACUGGCAUACCAGGAGGCUGUCCUGCUCGUUAACCCUAAAGAGCCACAGUUCAAAGGAGAGGUGGAUGACAAGUACGAGUACUCGCUGGACAACAAGGACAACAAAGUUCAUGGCUGGAUCAGCAGCAGCCAUCCCAACCCCAUGGGGUUCUGGGUCAUCACUCCCAGCAACGAGUUCAAGAGCGGCGGCCCACUGAAGCGCGAGCUCACCUCCCAUGUCGGCCCGACCUCCCUCACAAUGUUUCUUGGAACGCAUUACGUCGGGAACGACAUCGUUCUGAAGAUCGAGGAAGGCGAGUACUGGAAGAAGGUGAUGGGUCCAGUGUUCAUCUACCUCAACUCGAGCCCGAAGAGAGGAGAUCUGCAGGCGCUCUGGGAAGACGCCAAGGUGCAGGCGGAAGCGGAAGCUAGCAAAUGGCCAUAUAGCUUCCCUGGAUCGCCAGACUUCCACAAGGCGGAGCAGAGAGGAUCGGUCGCCGGCAGACUACUCGUCAGAGACAGGUACAUGAGCAGCGACGACAUGGCUGCUGGGUUGGCUUAUGUUGGCCUGGCCUCUCCUGGACAACCCGGUUCUUGGGCGACAGAGAGCAAGAACUACCAGUUCUGGACGAGAGCAACACCAUGCGGCAGAUUCAGCAUUGGCAUUGUCAGAGCCGGAGUGUACAAUCUCUACGCUUGGGUUCCUGGGAUUCUUGGCGACUACAUGUACACCUCGCAACUAACAGUAACACCUGGAUGUAGCAUCAACCUUGGUGAUCUUGUGUUCGAGCCUCCAAGAUCAGGGCCGACGCUGUGGGAGAUGGGUGUCCCGGACAGGAGUGCAGCAGAGUUCUUCAUCCCUGAGCCCAACCCCAAAUACAUCAACAAGUUGUUCGUCAACAAAGACAGGUACAGGCAGUACGGGUUGUGGGAGAGGUACGCCGAGCUGUACCCCAACGACGAUCCCGUCUUCCAGAUCGGCGAGAGCGACAUCUCCAAAGACUGGUUCUUCGCGCACGUCACAAGAAAGCAAGGCGACGGGUACACGCCGACGACGCGGCGGAUCCAGUUCACGCUCGACCACGUCGAGGCAGACGCCACCUACACGCUCCGCGUCGCACUGGCGGCGGCGCACAUGUCGAGGCUGCAGGUACGGGUGAACGGGGCGGCGCCGCUGACGACGGCGGCGGCGAUCGGCGACGGGAACGCGAUCGCGAGGCACGGGAUACACGGCGUGCAGUGGGGGCUGGAGUUCGCGGUCAAGGGGUACAUGCUGGUGGAGGGGGAGAACGUGGUGAGCAUCACGCAGACGAGGGCGUUGAGCCCCUUCUUCGGCGUCAUGUAUGACUACAUCCGGCUGGAGGGGCCGCCGCCUUUGUGGCGAGAUCCUACGACGAUGACGGGAGGUUGACGACGAUGAAUUCAUGAUCACGUACAUUUGCUAGCUAGGGCUAAGUAGAGAGUGUGUAUUUGGAUUAGUGAUCUUGUAUUA